AAAGCAUCCUCCCACCGCGCGCUGCUGCCUUUUAAAAGAGCAGCUCUUUCCCCACUUGGAGGAGCACAUGCUGUCCCGUUGCUUAGCUCAGCUCGACAGCCAGUGAAGUGAGGAGACGAGAAGAGCGGUCGCCAUGGGCGAGGCGGUGCUGGUGUCCAAUCAUGGGUGCAGCGGAGGCGGAGGAAGAGUUGGAGUCGGAGUCAGGGGAGCGGGAGGAGGAGGACCCGGCGAGGGGAAGGCGGAGGGGCAGCAGGGGCAGGUGCUCGCCCUGCUACUCGCCGCGCUACGCAGGUCGGUGGUGCUCCCGUGCCAGAUGGCCGACGCUGACGACCCGGCAGCAGUCGCGUGGGGGAUGGAGAUCGGCUGGCCCACCGACGUCCGGCACGUCGCUCACGUCACCUUCGACCGCCUCAACGGCUUCCUCGGCCUCCCCGCCGAGUUCGAGCUCGAGAUCCCGGGCCACGUCCCCAGCGCCAGUGCGAGCGUUUUCGGCGUGUCACCUGAGUCGAUGCAGUGCUGCUUCGACGACAACGGGAACUCGGUGCCCAAGAUUCUGUUACUCAUGCAGGAGAGGCUGUACGCGCAGGAUGGCCUCAAGGCAGAAGGGAUCUUCCGUAUCACCCCUGAGAACAGCCAGGAGGAGAAUGUCAGGGAGCAGCUUAACAGGGGCCUUGUGCCCGACGACAUCGAUGUGCAUUGCUUGGCAAGUUUGAUUAAGGCCUGGUUCAGAGAACUCCCUGAGGGUGUACUGGAUAGCCUCUCACCUGAGCAAGUUCUUCACUGCAACACAGAGGAGGAAUGUGUUGAGCUCGUACGGCUUCUUCCUCCGACACAGGCUGCACUUCUUAACUGGGUUGUAGAAUUCAUGGCUGAUGUUGUCGAGGAAGAGGAGUCAAACAAGAUGAAUGCCCGAAAUGUCGCUAUGGUCUUUGCACCCAAUAUGACGCAGAUGUCAGAUCCUCUUACUGCUCUGAUGCAUGCUGUUCAAGUGAUGAAUCUUCUCAAGACAUUGAUUCUCAAGACGCUUAGAGAACGUGAGCAUGAUGAAAGCGAAUACUCAGCAAUUUCAUCUCAGUCAUCUUCAUCUGAUGAACUUGAUGAGAUGCAUCAUCAUGUUGAACAAGGUGGUGACAGUGGUAGUGACACUGACAAUUUUGGAGAUGAUGGUUCUCAAAGCCAAAAAGAUGUUGCCAAGGUCCUUCAACAAAAUGUUGUCAAUGAACAGCCGAUUGGUGCAUCCAGGAGGCACACGUCAAUUGAUUUCCGGUUGCCUUACAUUAGCUACGGCAGCGACGAUGAUGUGUCGCCCAAUGAUAUUGAAGAAUGUUUCUUAAGGAGGUUAGAAUGGAAUGCAGUGAGCAAAGAUGCUUCUGAGAUUGGCAGCAUCACUGUUCGGUCCAACCAAGAGGCAGGGCAACUAAGCUUCUCCGAAGAAAAUGAUGGGUAUUACAGUACAGAUUAUCAAUCUAGGAACAUACUCCUAAAAGAUUCUGUUGGUAUCCAAAGCACUCUACCGAGGGAAACCGAAAGCAGGGCUGAAAUUACAAAUGACGAGGUACAAGACGGCGCUGAAGUGGAGGUAACUCUCGAGCAAUAAUCAGACCUUCAAAGGAUGGAGGUCUUACGUUUCGUUAUCAUCGUCCAUGUGUUUUAAUAUGAUCUUGUACUAUGAUUCAAGCCGGUCAACACAGGGUUGAUGAACCUUAUCCUAGUAGUAAUAUUCUUCGGAUGCUCUAUAGUUCUCUGCCUUUGAGCUGUUUAAUGUAUUUGUGUGAUUUCAUUAACUCGGGAUUUUACUAACCUGGACCUAUCACAACUUAUUUGUCAUUUCA